UUUGUUGGAGCUGAUGACUUCGUCAGGGAUUAUUAAUUAACCAUCCCUCUGAUGAGAAGCAGUGAAGUGUGUGUCGCAUUGCACAGUGUGAAAGGAAUCAGCCUGGAAAGGGGAACACAAUGUCCACCCGGUACCACCAUGCAGCUGCCGAUGGCAACCUGGAAUUGCUGAAGGAAGCCACCAGAAAAGAUCUGAACACUUCCGAUAUGGAUGGGAUGACUCCAACUCUGCUGGUGGCCUAUCAUGGCAAUCUGGACGCUCUGGAAAUCAUUUGCCGAAGAGGAGGUGAUCCAGAUAAGUGUGACAUUUGGGGGAACACCCCUCUUCACCUCGCAGCCGCCAAUGGCCAUGUCCAUUGCGUUUCCUUCUUAAUCACUUUUGGCGCAAACAUCUUCGCCUUGGAUAAUGACAUGCGUUCCCCCCUCGAUGUGGCUGCCAGCAGGUGCCAUUACGAAUGUGUCCGGAUUCUCGACAACGCUGCCACCGAGCAGACUAUCAAGAACCCCAAACGAGUCUCCAGACUGAAGGCUCAGGCCCCGCGGGAUGUCGAACGACAUAUCAGUAAAUGCGAGAGACGUCAAGAAAAACAUGAACAUCAGAUGAACAGGAAUUUUGACAAAGGGUCCAUGCAUUUAGCAGGGGGAACGGCCACAAGGCCAAAGGUGACUGGUAUCUUUAGUCCCCGCUCGCUAAGCGCAUUGCCCAAGUAUCUCUCAGAUACAUUCAAGCAGAGGCCCAAGAAGAAAGGGGAGGAUGUGGACAAUCAAGAAGAAGGAGGAAGUGGAUUGGAGAAGGACGUUGGAGCUGGGCGAACUGCCGUAAUGGAUGUAUUCAAUGAAGAAGAAGAAGACCAACUAACUAAGGAAUUUAACAGAAAAACCAGCAUUUCCGAUGGUGAAGAAGAAGAAGAGCGAGGAUCUAGGUCUAUUUUCAAUCGCCCUGGUCUUGGCAACUUAGACUUUUCUAUGGGGAGAAAUGCUGAUCAUAAAUUAAUUAAGAAAGAAGAUGUUCGUUUCAAAAUACCAAAUGGCCUUCUUUCCUUCGAAGAGCCUGAGGAUGCAGACGAUGCGGACGUAGAGACUGAUCCCAACGAAUCUUGGGCUGAGGAGGAAAUUGGAUGGGAUGAUGGCAAAGUGGAGACCACCCCGCUUGAGGUCUUCCUGGCAGCGCAGAGCUUGGAUGAAUUCCUUCCCAUCCUGAUGAGAGAGAACAUCGAUUUAGAAACCCUUAUGCUUUGCUUGGAUGAAGACCUGAAAAGCAUACAGAUGCAGCUGGGUCCAAGGAAGAAAAUCCUCCACGCCAUUAGCAGGAGAAAGCAGGCGCUGGAGAGUCCUGGCAAAGUUGGAGAUACUCAGUUAUAAAUAGUAAAGAGUGCUAACUACUUAGUCCACUCCAUCUGGCAGUCAUCUUUCAGAGAGAAAAAGAAGAGUAGGAUUUUUUCUCAGGAUGAAUUUGGCAUUAUGGGGCUACUUAGCAGAAGCAGCUUCAGAAACUAACAAUGAGCUCUGUGUAGUCUAAAUACCGGAAAGCACUCAAGGGGAAACUUUCUAAGUUUGGGGCCACAUGGCAGGCCGGAGUGGCAUAGGUGGGCCAGGAGGGAAGGGGUUCUCCCCAGUUCCCCUCCCUGCCCCUUCCUCCUUUUCCUCUUCUCUUUCAGAGGCCGAAAGUGAAAGAAAGACAGGAAAGGUCAGGAUGAGAUGGUGGACAGGAGAAAAAGAGUGUAUCCAUUAGACCCUGUAUUGCCUACUCCUGAUAUAGAAUCCCAGUGCUACAAGAGAUCCCCAAGAGCCAUCCAGUCCAACCCCCGCCAUGCAAGGAGGCACAACCAAAGCACUCCCAAUAGAUAGCCUCUGCGGAAAAGCCUCCAGAGAAGGAGACUCCACAACACUCCAAGGCAGCAUAUGCCACGCUCCAGGAAAUUCUUCCUAAUCUUUUCAGUCCAAUCUCUUUCCCUGCCAUUUGAACCCAUUGCUCCCUUGUGCCCUAGUCUCUAGAGCAGCAGAAAGUCAGUUUUCCCUAUUUUCCUCAAUGGGACACACUUUUAAAUCUUGAAACAUAGCCUCUGCGGAAAAGGCUUCAGAGAAGGAGACUCCACCAUACUCCGAGGCAUCCCAUGCCAUUCUCCAGGAAGUUCUUCCUAAUCUUUUCAGUCCAAUUUAUUUCCCUGCCAUUAGAACCCAUUGCUCCCUUGUGCCCUGGUCUCUAGAUCAGCAGAAAGUCAGUUUUCCCCUUCCUCCUCCUCAAUGGGACACCCAUUGAAACCCGGCAUGGCUCUCAUAUUCCCUCUCUAUCUUCUCUUCUCCCAGCUAAACAUUACUCAGGAGGAAAGGAGGAAGAAAAAAGAGAAGGAAGAAAGGGAAGAAGAUAAUGGAGGGAGGAAAGAGAGAUGGAAGGAAAAACAAAAGGGAAGGAUGGAGUGAAGGAUGGAAGGAAGGAGAAAUAGAGAAAGGGAAGGAGAGAGGAAAGAGGGAAGGAAGGAAAGACAAAAGGGUAGAAGGGAAGGAAGGAAUGAGAGUCAAAGAGGGAGGUAAAGGGAGGGAAGGAAGAAGGAAAGAGAGAAGGAAGGAAGGAUAGGCUAAAAUGGUGAGAGAAAGGAGGGCCUGAGAAAAGAUCCCAAGGGGCCACAUCUCCCCCCCCCCCCCCCCCGAAGCUGGGUUUGCCCAUGCCUGCCCUAAAGGCACCAAAUCCUGGCUGGUCUUGGAGGCUAAACAGGAUCAGCCCUGAUUAGUACUUGGAUGGAAGACCACUAAUGAAUGUCCAGUAGCGUAGGCUAUACAUUUCAGAGGAAGGAAGUGGCAAACCUACCUAUGAGGAUUCCUCACCUAAAUUGCUGCAAAAUUACCCUAUUUACUUGAAUCUAAUGCUCACCUUUUUUUGGCUAAAUGACCUCACCAAAAACAGGUGACCAUUAGAUCCACGUAAUACGGUCAUUUAUUUAUUUACUACAUCUUAGUGCUGAGUCAAAGCAAAAGGGGAAGCUGCUUCUGGAGCAUCUGGAGCUCCUAUUUGAGGGACCCCCACCUCGUAACCCCCCUAGGGUUCCCGACCCCCAGGUUGACAAAUGCUGCUCUAGGUCCUCUAGCACCAACCUUCAGCAGAAGUUGACUAAAGAAUACACUGGAACACACAGAGAUUCCUAGAAAUCACAUUUUAAUCAAAUCCAUUACUAUCCAA